GCGCGCUGUAAUGACGCCACGACGCUGACGCCGGAGGAUGGCGGCGGCGGCCGGGCGAAGGUGGGCUGAGCCGCCGAGACUCCGAAGAGCCCGCUGCUCGCGCGAGGUGUAGACGGGGCACUGCCUACAGAGCAGGUCCUGCCAGCCUUGCUGGGGAGGAUGCCCCCAAGUCCGUGAUGGGCUGUGGGACAAGCAAGGUCCUUCCUGAGCCACCCAAAGAUGUCCAGCUGGAUCUGGUCAAGAAGGUGGAACCCUUCAGUGGCACUAAGAAUGAUGUAUACAAACAUUUCAUUACAGAGGUAGACAGUAUUGGCCCCCUCAAAGCUGGGUUCCCAGCUACCAGUCAACAUGCACCUUCUUGUCCUGGUGUCCCCACUACUGGCCACACAGAGCUCCCCUCAGAACCACCACGCAGGGCCAGAGUGGCAAAGUACAGGGCCAAGUUUGAUCCACGAGUGACUGCUAAGUAUGACAUCAAGGCCCUGAUUGGCCGAGGCAGCUUUAGCCGAGUAGUACGUGUGGAGCACCGGGCAACCCGACAGCCAUAUGCCAUCAAGAUGAUUGAGACCAAGUACAGAGAGGGGCGGGAGGUGUGUGAGUCUGAGCUCCGUGUACUGCGCAGGGUACGGCAUGCCAACAUUAUCCAGCUGGUGGAAGUGUUUGAGACACAGGAGCGUGUGUACAUGGUGAUGGAGCUUGCCACUGGUGGUGAGCUCUUUGACCGUAUCAUAGCCAAGGGUUCUUUUACUGAGCGGGAUGCCACAAGGGUGCUGCAGAUGGUACUGGAUGGUGUUCGGUAUCUACAUGCCCUGGGCAUCACACAUCGAGACCUCAAGCCUGAGAAUCUCCUCUACUACCACCCAGGCACUGACUCCAAGAUCAUCAUCACUGAUUUUGGCCUGGCUAGUGCCCGCAAGAAAGGUGAUGACUGCCUGAUGAAGACCACCUGUGGCACACCGGAGUACAUUGCUCCUGAGGUCCUGGUUCGCAAGCCCUAUACCAAUUCUGUGGAUAUGUGGGCGCUGGGUGUCAUCGCCUACAUCCUACUGAGUGGCACCAUGCCCUUUGAAGAUGACAACCGUACUCGGCUGUACCGGCAGAUCCUCAGGGGCAAAUAUAGUUACUUGGGGGAGCCCUGGCCUAGUGUGUCCAAUCUGGCCAAGGACUUCAUUGACCGCCUGCUGACAGUGGACCCUGGAGCCCGGAUGACUGCAUUGCAGGCCCUGAGACAUCCAUGGGUAGUGAGCAUGGCAGCCUCUUCAUCCAUGAAGAAUCUUCACCGAUCCAUCUCCCAGAAUCUCCUCAAGCGUGCUUCCUCACGUUGCCAGAGCACCAAAUCUGCCCAGUCCACACGUUCUAGCCGCUCCACACGCUCCAACAAGUCCCGCCGUGUUCGAGAACGUGAGCUGCGUGAGCUCAACCUGCGCUAUCAGCAGCAGUAUAAUGGUUGAGCCACCAGCUAUGGCAUGGACACUCCAUAGUUUCAUCCUGACCACUCUCUGCUGUGCUAUCUGGGCCCAGUACCUUCUCUGGAGCUUGGCCUCAUGGCCAGCAGUUUGUAGAGUAUAUCUGGCCCCAGUCCUUCUCUGUGCCUUUAGUAGUCCCCAUUUCCUCCCAUGGGCCUGGGCCUCUUGUGAUGUACUGGUGGCCUAGGGGGCUAUUACACCACCUGAAUUAGGAACCUGGUAGGCGGUUGCUCUAUAUGAGUUUGGAGAAAGGGCAGGACCUGGCCCCCACUGGUUCCCUUAUCCUUUGGCUCUUGAAUUAAAGGGGCAUACUGUGCUGGGUAGAGAGGGUCCUAUGGCCCAGCACCCUUUGAGACAAUUACUUUUAUAACCUUCCUUUCCUCCACAAAGCUUUCCUAUCUAGCUCCCACAUUCCAUGCCAUCCUGAUCUUAAGAUUAUGCUCCAGUGGGAGGUCCAGCUUUGGCCUUUGCUAGACUGCAGGCCCUAGGUGCCUGAUUGGACCCUUAGCCCCAGUUAGAUCCAAGCAGCCCCACCCGUACCUCCUAAGUCAAGAUCUGUCUUCCUUCAUGGUGCCACCAGAGAUCCCUUCUAAGCCCCAAGACUUGCCAGGAUUUCUGGUGAUAGGACUGUAGCAUGGGCCUUAGCCUCAGGCUUCAGCCUCUCUAUGAGAGGGAGCCUUUCUGUCACCCUCAGUGUCUUUGUCAGAGUCCACUGUUGUCUUCCUCUCCUAUUUGGAUACCCAUUUCAUUCCCAAGUUGCCUCCUCCCCAACUGUGGGGAGUUAAAGGGAGCCCCAUUGCUGCUACCUGGGAGAUUUGUGUACCUGAAUCGAGGCAGAGGGUUCCCCUCAGCAUUCCAUUGUCAGCCCUGGUUCCAUCCUUUGGUACUAGCCAUUUGCUCUUCCUUUCAGAAGCUGCAAUGCCUUCCUCUAUAGCUUCAUGAAGGCGCCAUCUAGUGUCUACUCUGGGUAUUGGCAGCCUGGGGGUGAUUGAUGCACACCAUUUUGCAUACCCACAAUCCUUCAAAAGUAAGAAAGGAAGGAGUUGUAUUGGGGGAGAGUCUUGGGCUGCUCAACUCCCCUUCUGCUCAGAUUCUGCACACCUCUCCCUGGAACUUAGCCAUACUGUGUUACCUGCCUCUGAACCCUGGGUGUCUUGGGUGGUGGCAUUGCUGUGGGAGCUGGCCAUGCCCUGUGUGCCCUGUGCCCAUUUCCUUUCACAGCAUUAACUUUCCAGUCUGGUCCCGCUGAGUCUCAGGUUGGAGGGAGCCUUUUGGGGAGGUGGGGUGGGCUUGGGGGGCUGCUUUCCCAGAGGACUGAGCCAGAACAGUCCCUAUGGCUAUUAUGGUCUCCCCUACUGCUACACUAGGCUGGAAUUCAAGCUCCCUCCUUCUAUAGCAGCUUUCAGUGGGUAGGAAGGGUCCAGAAUCUAGCUUGGGCCUUAGCUAGACUUGGGGCCUCUGCCAGCAGGGAGAGUCUGACCCCCACUCAGCUCCUCCCGGUAUGCAGCCUUGGGCUAGGCCCUCCUUCUGCAUAUGCCACCUCUAGUGGGAAACCAAACCAAAGAGACCACUCUGUGCCAAGUCAACUGUGUCUUAGACACCCUUUCCUUAUAUCCUCAUUGCCUCCUAGGCAGGAGGCAGUGGAGAAUCCAAGCCUCACAGCCUCUGACUUCUCCCACCCACUGAUUCCCCAGGUGUCUCUGGGGGCCUGAAGCACUGGGGAUUUAUUUUCUCUCUUGCCCGGGAUAGGCCUGGUCUUGAGGAUAGAAUGGAGGGAGUUUAGCAUCUUGGGCCUUUGAUAGGUCCACUGGGUCUUCAUGCCAUGGAGAAUGUGCGGUUAUUUAUUUUGUGUACUCUGUAAAUGUAUCUUCUGUAUCCAAUAAACAGGCUGCCCUCCCUAGGGAAGGCUGCCAUUUGUUCUGACCACCCUGA